AUGCAUUUAACAUCAUCAAGUACCAACAACUCUGGCAUAAUAUCAUCUACUACCACACCAUCUUCAGCAAACGACGCCACGAAUCUAUCCAUAAGUCCUACGUCUGGAAGACAUUUACUAGAGACCGGUAGUCUUUUGAACCAAAAUCAACAAGUUAGAAGUGGUGUCACCAAUCACCAUCCAAUUGUUGUCCCUGGAAGUCAGAGAUCAAUUUCCAAUAGAUCAGUAAAUCAGAAUUCUACAAAUUUGGGAAGAGGCAUCAACAGCAACGUGUUGAGCGACACCACAAAUAUUAGAGAAGUGACAGACCCUACCGCCACAGGCGGUGGUACUGCCCCCAAUUCUGCAAGUUCCAACGCCUUGACAGAAGCUUACGGUAAAAUGACAGCUGACAUUCUUGCAGAAAGGGCUCUUGGAGAUUUCUUAAGCGAACAUCCAGGGGAGCUAGUAAAGACUGGCAGUCCACAAUUUGUAUGCACAGUGUUACCUGCACAUUGGCGUUCGAACAAGACGUUGCCCGCCUCGUUCCGUGUGGUGUCCCUUGGCGACGUCACUGACGGAACCUUAGUUACCCUUCGUGCCGGAAACGAUGAAAAUUUCUGCGCGGAGUUAAGAAAUUGCACCGCGGUUAUGAAGAAUCAGGUUGCUAAAUUCAACGACUUACGAUUUGUCGGAAGAAGCGGACGAGGUAUGUACAAGGAUUAA